CCUCAUUGGUGCCACAUGUCCCUUUGUUUUUGCCACGACAGGCUUGUGCGCCUGGAGAAGUGAAUUCUAGGGGUGUGCUGCUUCUCCUUUGUGCUACUGUAUCCUUUGCGACAGUUAGUCAAGACGCACCACUUUAUCCAGGCCUUCGGCCAGCGGGGAUCCUCUUGCCUGGUUCUGUGCUGUCCCCGCCCCCUCCCCCAAUAGCGGUUGCUUUUGUGAUUUCAGCUUAUGAUUUUAACUAUGUUUUGUACUCAUUUUAAUUGUGAUAGGUGAUAUUUUGUGAUAGGUGAUAUCCUGGGACCAUUUGGUGAAAUGGCAAGCAAAGAAAAAGAGCUAAAAUGGAAAUUAAUUCACUCGUUUUUGCGGCAAAGUCCCACGAAGUCUUUUGGCACCUUUAGGGGUGAUAACGCAAUCCCUCUUCAGCAGCGCGAACUAGAGUGUGGUGUCUGGACUCGGGAAUCCCCUGCUGAAGCCUUGACGUCAGGUGAUGGGCGGCGCCUCGGAUCGCUUAAAACUGCGCUAGGCACGCGUCGGACUAGCACUUUGUCUCAGGCUGGAGAAGGCGUCGGACUAGGCUCGAGUUUGUCGCAGUUGUUCCUCCGACAUUUCAUUACCGCGAUCUUCUCUGCCCGCCCAGGAAGUAUUCCUGUCUCUUGGAAACCAAGCUCCACCAUUGCCAAAGAUAUGCGAUGGCAGCCAAGCGACUUCUUACGCUUUGGGUAAUUUUGUGCACCUUGCUUGAAGCCAAGGCAACAAGCCUUGUUGCAACACAGAACCCAGAAGACACCGUAUCUGUGGUCUUGAAACAGAAUGAUGAGUUCUAUGAACACAAUGGGCGUAUUUGUAAGAAAUGCCCUGCAGGUCAUUCUGUCUUCCAACACUGCAAGAGUUCAGGAACUGAAGGGGUUUGCCACCCCUGUGAAAACAAUACAUUUUCCAAAUACUUGAAUGAUUUUGAAAGAUGCCUCCCCUGCACAGAGUGCAGACCUCUAGAUGAGGUGGUGCUACAGCCAUGCACCACAACCAGUGAUGCCCAGUGUGCUUGUAAGAGCGGCACCUUCUGCUCCCCUAGCCUUCCAUGUGAAACAUGCCAUAAAUGCACAACCAGGUGUCCUGAUGGAGAAACAAUGGUUCAGCCUUGUACCCCUGAAAGUGACAUGCUGUGUGUAAAGGCCCUGGGUCCUGCUGAUGUAACCUCACAAACGCCUGCAGCAGGUUCCAAUGGACAAAUACUUUUCCUUUUGGGUAUUCUGUUUUGUGUCACGCUGGUUGUUGCUGUUAGUGUUGGAAUUUGCAAGUGCCGUAUUAAAGACAGCAGAACAGGAUCUGUAACAAGUGUGUGGGACUCCAAGACUAUCCGAAGACUGCGGCGAAAAUGUACCCAUGGACCACAGGAAGUAGAGGACUUGUGGGAUGUACAGGUUGACCAGAGGAUCCGAUUGUCUUCACUAGAAUAUGCCAAUUCCAAUGCAAGAGGGUCUGAAACCACACCUCUGCAAACAACUGGCUCUUCAGAGGAGGUUCAGGUCUCCACAGAGCAGAGAAGGAAUCUGGUUCCUGCAAAUGGGAAGGAUCAAAUGACUGCUUUGCGCCUGGCUUUUGACAUCUUUAUCAAAGAGGUUCCCUUGAGGGACUGGAAGAGAUUCAUGAGGGCCCUCGGGCUGCUGGAUAAUGAUAUUGAUACUAUUGCUUUGAUGCAUGUCGGAGAUAUGAAAGAGCAGCACUUCCAGAUGCUACGGACCUGGCAUGACAUGAAUGGGAAGGGGGCGUCUUUGGACUCUUUGCUGGAGGUGCUCUGUAACAUGGACCUCAAAGGCAUUGAGGAUAAAAUAAGAGCUGCCCUGAUUACCCAGGGCCUCUAUGUCCUUGAAGAGUGACUUUGAUAGUCAUGCAAGGCUUCCUCCUUGCAAGCUGUUCUUGUGAAGCCUCUCUAAAAACAGUUGGCUUUGGGUUUUCGGCCUGGAGGAGAGUGUUAUUCUUCUUACCACUAUAUACAGUUUACUUUUGAAAAGACUUCAGCUGGCUGAAAGAGCUUCUCUUCUUCUUUGGUGAUCACUUGUAGCCAAGUAAGAUUGUUUUAACAAUGAGUCCAUAAGUGACUAUGGAGGCCAAUUCUGGAUCCCCACAUCCUUCCACAGUGGGGACAUUGGUUUCCGGGCAGGAGUUGAUCACAGUGUGGAUUUGCCAAGCGUGCCUUCCUCUUAGCACGUUUCCCCCUUGUGUCCUGAGUUCGAUUGUCUUCAAAGGUAAAGGCUGUUCUCCAACUGGAGUGCUUGCAGGCCAGUGUUUCCCAGUUGUCAGUGUUUAUACUACGUUUUUUUUAUUUACCUUGAGACAGUCUUUAAAGCUCUUUUGUUGACCACCAGCAUUACACUUUUCAUUUUUAAGUUCGGAAUAGAGAAGUUGCUUUGGAAGACGAUCAUCAGGCAUCCGCACAACAUGACCAGUCCAACGAAGUUGAUGUUGAAGAAUCAUUGCUUCAACACUGGUGAUAUUUGCUCCUUCCAGUACACUGAUAUUAGUUCGCCUGUCUUCCCAAGUGAUAUGUAAAAAAAUUCCGAGACACCGUUGAUGGAAUCUUUUGAAGAGUUGGAGAUGGCGUUUAUAAGUGGUCCAUGUUUCACAAGCAUAUGGUAAGGUUGGUAGUACAAUAGCUUUGUAAACAAGCAUUUUAGUUUCCCUGCAAAUGUCCUGGUCCUCAAACACUCUGCAUUUCAGUUGGGAGAAAGCCGCACUCACAGAGCUCAGGCGAUGCUGGAUUUUGGCAUCAAUGUUGGCCCUUGUGGAAAGAGAACUGCCUAGGUAGGAGAAGUCUGAAGACCAGCGUGAGGCUGCCUUUGCUGCUUCCCUACUUCGUCAGCCAUGCAGUGUUUCCACGUGAGGGGAAAGUGUGUGUGUUUGUGUGUUUUUAGAGAGGGACAAGGGAUGAAUUGCUUGUUGAUGAUCGUGGAUGUUGACAAGCUCAUGGAUCCAGGUGCUUGCCACCAAACUACAUUGUUAUCUCACUUGGUGCACAGGCUGCAGUGUAAAACAUCCUGCCAAACUGAGCCUUUUCAAUGAACAUUGUGGCCCCCAUUUCUUUUUAUUAUAAAAUGGGCACCCGGUAUGCCUUUUGUAUUUCCUGUGAACGGGAGGUUUCUGGUGCUGCUAAAGUCCACUUUGACCAAUGUCCUCAGGAGGUGUGGAUGUAAAAUGUUGUUUGCCAUCAAAUCUCAUUGCUACAUGUCUGAAAGACUCCCCACCCCCAAGAAUAUGAACAAUUCUCCAUCUUGAAACAAUGCCAGCCCCGGUAUAAACAUUUAGGAAAUGGCAGAAUCCAGCUUUUCUGGGCACAGAAUUCUCAUUUCUGUUCUGCAGAUUGAGUACAUCCACAAACAUUUUGCAAAAAAUAUGUCUUGUGGUACAUUAAAAGCUAACAAAUGUUAUUAUAGGUUACAGUUCUGUGGACUAUAAUUCAUAGUUCAUCUGAUGCAGUGGGCUAUAGUACACUGAAGCUUAUGCGAAGUUAUUCUGCUUCCCCCCCAGAAAGUAGGUUUUGCCUACUCAUGGGAGAGGACAAUAAUCUAUGGGUGAUAACCAUUCCUAGCCCCACUUAGCCAUACCCAUUAAUUUCAAUAGGUCUUCUCUAACAGAGAUUCAUUAAUUUCAAUGGGUUUAAGGACCUAGUUGACUACAACCUUAUGUCCCCUCAACACAUUGCAUCAAUGCCUCAUCUGCACUAUACAUUUAAAACUGUAUCAUACCAUUUCAAUCAGCCAUGACUUCCCCCACAGAAUCCUGGGAACUAUAGUUUGUUAAGGAUGCUGAGAAUUGUUAGGUGACCCCUAUUCUGAUCACAGAGCUACAGUACUCAGAGUGGUUUAACAAUCAUUCUCUGUUCCCAGGAAUUGUAUCUUUGUGAGGGGAAUAGCACCCUUAGCAAACUACAGUUCCUGGGAUUCUUAGGGGGAGCCAUGACUGUUUAAAGUGGUAUGGUACUGCUUUAAAUGUACAGUGCAGAUGGGGCCUUAUUUAGCAAUCCCUGUGGCUUCUGAGACUGCCACUUGUGGCUCCACAUUUCAAGCAGAUUUCUGCAACUGCAAGAACUAGAAACAUUCUUGAAAGCCUCAGGAAAUUAGAUUCUAUAACCAGUACUUCACCAUUCUAUAACCAGUACUCCCCCUUCACCGUUGAUGUCGGGCUGGUGCUGCCUCUGCAGCCAGCAGCUGAGGGUUGAGAGAAGCGGCCAAAAUGGUGCUACUGCUGUUGCUACCGCCUCCCAACCUUUUAGAGGAGGAAAACCAGAAUUUUUUUUUCUCUUGUUUUCCUCCUCUAAAAACUAGGUGCGUGUUAUGGUCCGAAAAAUACGGUAAUAAAAUGUAUUAUGGUUCAUGAGUCAACAUGCCAUAAUCUGUCCACUCACAUUUGAACAACUAUUUAGAAAAGGGGUGGGGCACCUUUGACCUCCAGAUGAUGUUGGACUAUAAUUCCCAGAAUCCCUGACCAUUGACCAUGCUGGCCAGGGCCAAUGGCAGCUGGAGCCCACCAACCACAUCUGGAAAGCAACAGGUUCUCCCCAGGCCAUGAUGUUGAUUCUGUUCCUGUGGGCUCUGCCCAUCUGCUUUCUCAUCCCCACCUGCUUCCAGCUGUAAAAAGUUAUGAAUAAGGCAGAACCCUGCAUGUGUUACCAUGAAGGAAAGCUAGAUAUUGAAUAGCUGCAAGUCAAUGCCUGCUUUUUAUAGUAGGUUGAACACUAUGAUACCUCAUUUUUUAGUUUUCCGUUCUCUCACUUUGCCUUGCUAUCUCGACACACUGGAGAGCCAGUGUGAUGUAUUAGUGUUGUAACCUCUGCCUAACCUGCUUUUUGCAGGUUAUUAUUUUGAGGUGUGUGUGUGUGUGCGUGCGCGUGCAAAAUGAACUUACUUGCUCCUGGGCGGAAGUAAGGAACUAGUUAUGCAUCGACUCUUAAUUGGCCCAGUAAUGAUCUGUGCCAGUUACUAUGCAGGUAUUGUGGCUGGGUUCUUCUGCAGUAUUAAACGCUUUACAGUCCUAGCUUCCCCAAAAGAAUCCUGGAAACUAUAAGGGUGCUGAGUUAGAUCUGCAGUUCUCAGUUUCCUGGGAAGAGGGAUUCCUUGUCACACCACUCUAGGUGCUAGAUCUCUUCAGCAAUAUAUUGUUCCAGGUUUCCAAGUCUCAAAGAGGGUGUCAUAGACUGGAAUGGUUGGGGUACAGGAAAAAGGAAGAACAGAAAUGAUAAAAUCUGAAAACCUUCCCUAUAACAAAAGACUGAAAUGUCAGCUGCUUUUUAAUUUUGGGCCGGAUGACAAAAGAGGCACAUGAUUAAAGAUUGUCCCUAUGCAUUUUGUAAACUACUUUGAGGUUUUAUUACAAGCAGGCGGUAUAUAAAUUUUUUGAAAAACAAAAUAGAUGAUGUGCAAAAAGUGGAAUGAGACUCUUUCCUCCCCACUCCUGUAUAGUAGAACUUUGAUCAUCAAGCAAAAAUACCUUUGUACAUCAUGUAGUUGAUGGAAUUUGCUUGCACAAGGACAUGCUGCUGGCUUUGAGUAUUGUUUUAUGCUUUACACUUAAAGACAAGGCUAUCCUUGCCCUCGGGCUUUACAGCGAGAUUAGACAAAUUCAUGAAGGAAGGUAAAGUCACUUCCAGUCUUCAGUAGAAGUGUGGCAACAAAUACCAGUUGCUGGAGACAAACAGAUACUGGCUGUUGCCUUUAUCUUGCUCUCUGUCUGGGCUUUCCUAAAGUAUGGGUGGCUGGGAGGAACUUAUAGGUUAGGUUAAUUUCUGGCCUGAUCCUGCAGUGCUACUCAUACAUUGUGUUUAUUCUUCAUGAGAUCUGCUAAUCUGCUGUAAUUUAUUGGAGAGGGCAUGUCCACCCGUAACUUUUGCAAAAGAGAAGGCGAGACAGCAUAACUGAAUUUUUUACUUUCUCUGCUGUCUUCUCUCCAGAGCUUUUGUGGAACCACAGAUGCUGGAAACCUAAACUGUUUGGAUCCAUUUUUAAAAAUACUCUAAUUAACUAUGGAACAAUAAACAUGUAUUUGCACACUGUUUUGAAUAGUGCUUACAGGAGUGUCUCUGGAACAGGUACAUUGCUAUGUGGGCAGAGUUUUCGAUAAAGGUGCUGGAUUAAGUGACAUUUGGAGACUGGUCCCAUCUUAAAUGCUAAGCAAUGUGCCAGUCUCUAGCUGGUCUCUUGCUUGCCCCCUGAUGGCAAGACGUGUUGGCCAACCAGAAUGAGACCUUUUAACUUCACUUGCCAGUUUUGGGAAGGACAGACUGCUUGUACACUUACUUGUAAUGCAGAGUCUCCCUUGAACAUUGUGCACACCAACAUUCACUCCAGUAUCUCAAUCAGGUCACCGUUCUGUUUCAAGGGGACCAGAUAAUAAUGUAAUCACAUUUUAAUGGUAUGGUGUAUCAUUUCACCAUUGAGAUCAUAAUGAAACUUGAUAACAGUUGUUUUUAUCAUAAUUCUUGAGUCAUCAAACUUUGACCCCCAGAUCCAUUUCCCCCCCCAAGGGGUAGCAAUAAAAAGUGUGAAUUAGGUGUAGUGCAAUUCCUGAAACACAAUAAGCUUUAGUAGCUUAUCUCGUUGAAUGUUCUCUAGCUGCUGAGAUUUCUGUGUGCAAUGCCUCCAUAUUUUUGGACAACUGGCUAAGGAAAAAUACUUUUAAGUACUGUAGAUCCUACUGCAUUUAAUGCCACUUGUUCUUAGGUAAAUGGGAUUAGCAUAGUCCCUUGGCCUGUUAAACCUUUGAACUACCUGACAGCAGAAGCUGAUGGGAAGGAGUGAAUUGUGGCAAAUAUGCAGCAAGCGUCUAUACCAGGCAUCCCCAGACUUUGGCCCUCCAGAUGUUUUGGACUACAAUUCCCAUCUUCCCCGACCACUGGUCCUGUUAGCUAGGGAUCAUGGGAGUUGUAGGCCAAAACAUCUGGAGGGCUGCAGUUUGGGGAUGCCUGGUCUAUACUCUUAUGUAGAAGUGUGCUAUGGUUCUUUUGCACAUAAUACAUGUUUCUCCAAAACAGUGCUAAGGGGAAUAAGGUACAUCAUUGCAGAAGAAUUUAAAAGUGUUUGCCGAGUGUGGCUUAAGCAUGCACAGACUGGAAACUGGAAUACUUUCAGCAGUUUAAGCAUGUGCAUGUGGGUGAUCCAUCUUAUCCACCCAACUUGGGUAAGGCAGAGAGACAGAAACUGGUUAAGCUUUAAUGAACAGGUGAAUCCUUGGACCUGGGUUUAGCUGUUCCAAAUGCAACACUAUGCCAUACUUACCUAUGGGUUAGUAGAACAAGCAGAAUAUGCUUGAUAAAUUAUGUAGCCUGUUUGGCAAAAAUACUUGAAGUUUGUAUUUAUUUCUAGAUAUAUUAAUGUCUUUAUAUUCAGGUGUUCAGUUUUUAGCGAUUUUGUUCUUUUGAUAUGUGAAUUUAUAAAAUAAUGUUUAGUUCUUUGCUUUGCCCUUGCCGUCUCUUACUGUUGGAAGUCAAAAACAACUUAUUUGAAGGCAGAAGCUUUUUACCUUGUUUAUGAAGCUAUGUAAAGCUUCACUGGAGCUGCACAAAGCAAUUAAAAGAUUUUUUUUAAAUGGUAUACAUUGUCUUGCAAUCUGUCCACAUAUUCUCAAGGUAGGCUUGGGUCUCAGGUGACACUUUGAAGGCAGCAACCAAACUGUUGGGUUAGUGGGGCUGGACCCUACCUAGGUGGGAGACGAGCAGGAUUCUCAAAGAUAUGAUGGAUCAGUGAUAUUAAAUCUUUUCUAACUUUUACAAUUUAAAUAAAGCUUGUCAGGAGUUUGUAACAGUUUUGGUCAUGAAUCAGUAGAGCCAGUACUAUUCAGCUAGGUCUUCGUCUACUUUUGGGGGUGGGACGGGACCUUGGGGACAAGUGUGGCUUUCAAGCCUUUCCAACUGUCCUUUGGGCCUGCCCCCAGACACACACCCUCCUCGAAAGUCUUCACCCAGCUGGAAUGUUCUUGAAUUUUGGUUAUGCCUCUUCCCUGCCUGGACGGAGGACCAGGCUACUGUGUACAAUGAUGAAUUUACAUAGAUCACUCCACCCACUUUUGCAACAAGAG